CGCAAGUUUUGUGGGCAAGUCCGGUCAACCACACGACGCUCGGAUCACCGCGUUUCCGACGCGUCUCUCAAGUCGCGCCGCAUCAUCCACCUUCCUUCUGCAUUUCAAUAUGCUCGCGCUACAGACGGACAGCAUGCGCUGCUUGCUGCUACUCGCUCUGCCGCCGGCCGCCGCUGUCCUGGCCCAAGCUCGGAAUCCCGUGCCCUCACACCAAGCAUACGACGCCAGGCAUCAAGGUAACCACUCCCUGGGCGCAUUUGUUGUGAGCAGAGCGACUGAUGCGCUUGUCACCCGCAUCUAGACAUGAAUCCGGAGCCACCCUCUGAGCUCAUGAUCCAUCAAAUACUGGGAGACACAGCUCUAUAUCGCUCCGUCACCCGCUCCGAAUGCCAUUCCUACAUUGCGGCUAGUCUCCCAAGCGCUUGUGGUACCAGCAAGGGGAAGUAUCUGGCAGAGAAAGAUAAGCGUGAUAUCGCUAUAUCGUUUACUGCGUGCUCGAUGCGUUCGGCCCUGCAACCGAUACCUUCAGAGUGCUCCAAGUGGUCGUUCCAAGAUGGCGCAGCGGGAUCAAUACCGACUGUCUACACGUUUUGGCGCUGGUCAGAAGUGGAGGAAGAUCAGCAACGUUCUUGUUUGAGCGCGCUUCACCGCAGCCCUCAGGAUUGGACCAGCUAUAACGGGUUUUUGAGCGAUGCCUCUCAGCUAUGCCACGCCCUGCGAGGUGAGCACGACAACGAGCUCGUUCGUCAGCUCUAUGUGAACGCUACAUCGGGGCAGAUGUCUUUUUUGAAUAAGCUCGAUCUACAAAGCGAAGCUCGAGAGAAUAGAGACGCCAAAUUUGAGGCCGUAUUGAGCGAUCAACAGUCCAAACUCGAGCACACUGCAUCGGUGAUGCAUUCGACCGCCGAAGCCGUGCAAUAUAGUCUGUUACAACACGAACAUCUGUCAAAAUUGCUUCAUUCAUGCGUCUCCGACAUUCAAGUGGGCAAACGCGAUCUGCUGGAAACCUUAGAGCUGGCUAUCCGUACCCAGACCGAGUCAACAACGUCUUUCGUCGAGACUUACCUUGCACGUACUGAAAUCCAGCUCCGCGAUCAACUCUCGGGUCAACUUGAUGACAUUUUGAACAAGCAUGAAGUCGACUUGCGACAUCAGUACGAGCAUGCUGGAGCUAUGAUGCUUGCCAUUCAAGAAGAAGUGCAUCACAGGACAGUUGCCCUUGCCGAGCAGCAAGCCAGCCACUAUGAGACCAUGGCAAGCUCUUGGGGUACUUUACUGCAGUUUGUGGGCCAAGUGGAAGAUGGUUUGCAAGCGAUGAACGGCAACGUGCUUGAAAUGGAAGAAGCCCUCGGUCAUUCCCUGCAACUCGCUCUCCACACAAACACCUUGCAUGUUGACAACGCUGCAAGCCUUGCUCUCAGCAGCCAAAGGCUUGAAAACCUGGCCGCAGGACUCGAUAGAACAAGUGAAAAACUUACUUUGUUGGACGAAAAGCUUGAGGCACGGAUCCGGAGUUGGACAAGCAUCUUGAAAAGAUGGGGGGCGCGAGUGUCAUUGAUCUCUGGUCCCUCAAUACUAUCAGUCAGCAGAGACCACGACUGGGUUUUGGGGUUCGUCAUACGCGCUAUGAUUGCAUUCUUAGAGUUGAGCUGGCAACUGGUAUGUUACCUUCUCUCGGCAGCCUGUUGCCUAUUAGUACUACCUCGGACAUCCCUUCGCGCUCCCUUUUCACGAUUCCUCGAGAACGCCACCACCAAUUCAGGGUUGGGUGAAGACACGGAAUCCAUCAUCGGAACACCCAUGACGCCUACACGACCACCUGACGUCGGCCUGAGCUCACCUCCAUCCUACAAGUCUGUUUACAGCAAUCAGGCGUGGGCCUCGCCUCGCCUUGCAUUCGCCCCCGUCGAGAAACGUGCGCCUUUUCGGCCUCGAAUUAUAGAACACGAAUUGAAAAAGCAAUUCGACAGAGCUCGCUCUGCACCUCUUUGAGUCAAUUGUUGUAAGGACCGGCGCUCUUCCGCCCGGAGGGCAAUUAUAUCCGAGAUACUAAACUCUGCAAUCUGACCACGCACAUAUCCAUAGCUGUAAUAUAGUUGUUCUCACCUGACCAUGUUGUGCUUGUCACGAAUAUAUCAGGAGCCAAGGGAAGAAGCAGUAGACGCGCGUGGCAAGCAAACUGCUUUACACUGCAUGCAUAAAGCGGGAAAGAUCUGCAUGCACAGUACGGCCCCGGGUACAGCACAGAAGGUGAGGGAAAGACGAGGAAGGCGACGAGGCGGCGGCUU